AUGAAACAAAUUAUCGAACUUUUAGUGCUUCUGUGUUGUGAACUGUGUUUGACUAUCAAGGUUCCUACAACCUGGAACGAAAGUGCUAACAGUGCAGUGAGUAAUGAGCCUAAUGAUCAAGAUGAUAGCUAUAAACAACAAAAUGUUCAAACCCUUCAACAAUCCCAGUCGAUACCGAUUGAUUACUUUCAAUACACAGCAAAGAAACCACAGUUUGCCAUUGACGUAGCAGCUUUUCAUGGAGUUAAGAAUCCAGAGCAGCAUUACAAAGCAUACCCUAUAAUUCCAUAUACAGGAAAAGAAAAACCGGUCUUAGGUAUUCAUCACUUGUUGAAUGAGGACAGAAACAUUUAUCAACCUUAUCAAAAAUAUGUUCAAAAAGUGGAAGGAACACCAAAAUAUGUGAGUCCAAUGUCUGCAAGUUAUGAAGUUUUUCAUCCUUAUAAAGCCGAAGUGCCUGCAUUACAGGAAUUAUACAAAGAUCCGAUAUUAAAUAAAAUUAGAAAUGACUUACAUGAUAGCAAAAAUAGAUUACAAGCCUACGAACAAGACGCUGGUCGGCCAAAUAUUGCUGAUGAUGAAUAUUUAGAAAAAAAUAAAUAUACAGACUCAAAGUUAUUCCCUCAAAAGAAUGUGCCAGCCCACUAUGAAAUUCAUAGACCUGAGAGACGUCCGACAUACUAUAGAAUUCCACCACGAGAUACUCAUAGAGAGCAUGUACUAAAUCAAAGAUUUAAGCAUCCAUGGAAUGAACAUAGUAUUAAAAUUAGGCCACUACAUUACAAGCCAUUAAAAAACCACCUUUACAACUUGAGACAACAACAUGCUAUGAAAUAUGAUGAUGAACAAAACGAAUACCCUCAAUUACAACUCAGUGAAAAUAUAGCCCAGCAAGAAGAUGGUUAUGAUAUAUACGAAAAAGGUAAACAGAAAUACACACAACUUAGAAACAAUUUGGAUGAGUCAAUUAACAAAGCUGUUCUAGAGAAUAGACCAGAAACUUACCAAAAAUUGGAGAUACAACCAAACGAAUCAACACCUAAAGAAGUAGAUGAUGAAUUUAUACCUGUGAAAAACUAUGCGCAGGUUAGAAAGACAGAAACCAUCAAACACUUGCCCAAAAAAGCUGCUUUUGAUGAUGCAGAUACGUAUGAAGAAAUUCUGAAUGCACCACGACUGCGAGAAGCUAUUAAAAGCACUAAGGCUCAAAUUGUUUACAGUGAAGAAGGAUAUGAAGAUUCUGCCUAUGAUCAUGCGGGAGAACAAAAACAUGCUUUGGAUCAUGAAGGACACGGUGGCUUUCUUAAAGAGACUGCUAAAAGUGGAGGACUAUUUAAGACUCCUUCGUUUAGUGGAAGUUAUCAAGAUGGAAAAGGAUCAGAACACAGGGACAAUAUAGAACACGAAAAAAAGUGGGAAAAUAAUGAUACAGAUAAUGAAGAAGAAAUACGAGCUGAAGAUUAUUCUGAAAAUGAAUAUGACGAAUCUGCUGAUGCUUAUAAAGAUAAGAAUUUAGGAGCAAGUAAUCGCAAUAAGAGAGAAGAUCAAAACGAAACCAAAUUUGCUCAUAUUAAUAAUCAUGAAAAUGCUCAAAAUAUAUCUGAUAUUGAAGUCGACAAAUACAAUAAUUCUUUGGUUGGGAGCAAAAUACACAUAGUAAACAAAAGUCAUGAAGUUGAUAAAAGGGAAACGUCUUUUGAAAUACCAACAAUAAAUUUAGAUAAAACUUAUUUGAGUGAAAGUGAGAUACUGAAAAUUGCAAAACAAAAAAUAAAACCCAUAAAAGAUAAUAUAAGGGAUAAGUACCCAUAUUAUUUUAAAAAAUUUAAAUCAAUUAAUGAGCACUCACCCUUAAGAUAUGCUGAAAAUUUAAAGUCUAUUCCAAAAAAAUCGGCAGGCGGUACGGAAUUUUACGAUUCACGCUCAAAAUUAGAAUGCCCUGAAGUAGAAGAAGAUAUUGAUCCGAUUCCUGAAAAAUUAAAGAAUGGUAAUAACCCAACUGAAGAGCAUAAUGACGAAGAAGAAAGAGACGAAUCAAAUCACAACACUAAGGAAAACAAUACUACUCUGACAAAUAAACCUCGUCUCAAUGGCCUAGGUGACAAAAUUGACUGCUUCAAAGCCAAGUAUUUUGGCGAAAAUCCUUUAGAUAGUCCAUUUUUUAAGGAAGAUAUAAUAUCAAUCCCUAAACCUCUUCUUGCACCAAAACUUUCUAUAUUUGAUCACUUAAAGGCAAAACAGAAAUUAAAUUAUCAAAAUCUAUUACAGGAACCAGAUAGCGCUUCAAAUACCGAUAUAUUUGUAUUACUCAAUAAAUUAAGGAUAAAUGAUAAGCCACUUCAAGAAUUUCAACAGAAACUAAAUGAGAGUUCUCAAGCUAAAUCGUACACCCCAAAAAAUACUUGGGCAGCAAACAACACUGAGCAAAACAAUGUUUACACAGAUAUUUUAACCAAUAUCAGAAAUGAAUUUGACCACCCCCAUAGCCGCUUGAAAGAACCAACAAGUUUGUUACAAUCAAAUAAAGAAAUUUCCAAUAAAACUUAUAAUUUCUUUCAAAAUAUAGAAGAAGUAACCAAAUUGCCUCCAAAGCUAAGAAGAAAACGGGCUUCACAAUUUGUUUAUGAGCCAUACAAGAUUAUUAGAGACUCUCAGUAUCAAGACUCGAAAAAAACUACUACAACCAGUAACAUAAGCCCACUAAUUAGACAGUUGCAAACAAGUAGAGUAGUCGAUCGAGUUUCUAGAUCAAAUCGUGAUGACUAUAAACCAAAUCCAAAAAAUAGCAGUCGUAACUAUGUUAAUAUAGGAAAAAACGAUAGGGUCGAGUCCAACGGCAAUCCUACUAUUGUGGAUGUUAGCGUUGACCAACGCAGGGGAGAACCUAGAUAUGAAAUAAGGCUCACUAAUCACAAAUCAGAAUAUACUCCAGUUGAAAACAGACGAGCAAUGUCAAUAGACGACUAUAACACUCAUACAAAUUCUGAUAAAACAGAUGUAACCACAGUGAAAUCUUUACAAACAAGCUCAACUUCUCCCAGCGUUAAACAGCAUUUUAGGUAUGCAACUACAACUGUGACACCUGUAUAUGAUGUGGCAUCCUUUUUGCCUAACAGUCCAAAAGUAUCUCCGUCUAACGCUGUAAGGCGGAUAGUUGCAACUACAACACCUACACCAAUAUCGAAGGAAAUUGAAAGAAUUAAAGAAAUAUCAGGAGAGGACACGGAAGAAAAUGAUGAAGACUAUAAUUAUGAUGAUGAUGAAGAUGAUGAAGAAGAAAAUAGUGAUGAAAUGAAACCCACCACCACCACCACUACCACUACAACGCUUAAGCCAGCGUUUAGGAGGCGAACACAAGUUUCUACUACAACAGAAAAUACAAAUAAUUACAAUAACGAAGAUCAGCCAGAACGACUAAAGUUAGUCACGCGAUUUCGAAAUUACAAACCAAGGGAAAAACAAGUAGGCACAGAGGCUACAGAACCAACUAAUGUAAAUAAAUACAAAUUAGAAAAGGACUCUACUUUGCCAAAAUAUACAGAGAAGAAAAAAAAGAGUUCUGAGAGUACCGUAGUAACUGAUACAAAGAAAUAUGGCGAUGAUGAUGAUGAUAUUGAUGAUGAUGUAGAAGAAAAAGAAAUAGACGCUAUGAUUGGAGUUAAACAUAACAUAAAAGAUUACAUGCCUUCAUAUGAGCAGGAGAUGUUAAAUAAGGAAAGAAAACGAGGUCAUUAUGAAGAAGACGACGAUGAAGAAGAAGAAGAAGAAGAUGAAGAAGGGGAUGAUAAUGGCGGUGGUUAUGAUGAUGAAGAAGAAGGCGAUGAAACUAUUGCAGAUGAUGAAGAAGAUGACGAGGAAGAGGAAACAAAUGAAACAAAACUGAAAGCUACUACUCCCGGGCCAACAAAACGCACUUUAGGUCAACCUACUGAGGCACCCCCUCCAACUGUUGCUUCACACAUUAAAACUUCCUCUGUUCCAUUAACUAACUUAAAACUUGAAAAUAAACCUCUAAUUACAAGAAAGAAAAUAGAAAUACACAAAGAAUUACCAGUCAAUAAAUCAGGACCACACGUGACUCAGUUUAAACAAGAUAUCAAAGAAGUUGAAAUUAUAAAAGAGAUGCCAUCACCUAAAAGAAAACUACAUAGAAAAGUAGAACCUUUAGAACUGUACAAAGACGAAAAAUUAGCAAAAGAUAUCAACAAACUGGAGGAUAUAGAGGUAUUUAGGGAAAACCUAGAACUGGAAAAGGGACCAAGACAUGGUGGAAAUUAUAGAAGAGCAAGUAAAGAAGACUUAAAGCUUCUUACACUUAAGAAUCGUGCUAGUGACGAAGUAGUACCACCAAAAGAUGUAGAAGCAUCACAGAGUGAAAACAGAAAACGUGUUGAAUUAGAUGAGUUCACUCCCCAACGAAUACGUGAAGAUAAUCAGCAUUCAUUAAGGGGUGGAAAGACAGGAAAAAAUGCUGAAUUAGUUGAACUUAGCAAUUCUCCGGGAACAGGAAUGCAUGGAGGUAAUCUCAAACACAAAGGACGCGGUAGUAGAAAAAGUGAAAAAUUAAUUGAGUUGGAUGACGAUCCUGAUGAUGACGAUUCAACUCAAGACGAUGAUUAUAAGUCGUCACCACACAACUCAAGGCAUGACAGGUUGCAUGGAGGCAAUUAUCGGAGUGCUAAAUUAGUGGUUGAAAAACCAAAAAAUGAUGAUAUUAAAGUGAAUAAUCCUUCAAGAGAAGCUCGAAGAAGUGCAACAAUUCUGCUUAACAGAUUUGUCCAAGCAGUGCCCGCUCUGACCACCACCCCAGGCUAUAUCGUAGAUCCUAGUAAACGAAUGUAUUAUUACCUUGAUGUAUAA